CCCACAAUGCCAGGCGGGGGAGCCCCUUUCUCACCAGCACACCACAGCAUCACCGCCUCGCCUCGCUGAAAAAGACGGACCGGAGAGAAAUGCAAAGGGAUGUAAGAUGGCAGAGCUACAAAUGCUAUUAGAGGAGGAAAUCCCAGCCGGUAAAAGGGCGCUCGUGGAAAGCUACCAAAACCUGUCCCGGGUAGCGGAAUACUGUGAAAACAAUUAUGUCCAGGCACAAGACAAAAAGAAAGCCCUGGAGGAGACCAAAGCCUACACCACCCAGUCUCUGGCCAGCGUUGCCUACCAGAUCAAUGCCUUAGCAAACAAUGUGCUGCAGCUGCUGGACAUCCAGGCCUCGCAACUUCGACGCAUGGAAUCCUCCAUCAACCACAUCUCCCAGACGGUGGACAUUCACAAGGAGAAAGUGGCACGCAGAGAAAUCGGCAUCCUGACGACGAAUAAGAACACAUCUCGCACGCACAAGAUCAUCGCCCCGGGAAACAUGGAGCGGCCGGUGCGCUACAUCCGGAAACCCAUCGACUACACGUUGCUGGAUGAUGUGGGGCAUGGCGUCAAAUGGCUUAAGGCCAAGCAACAUGGGAACAAUGCGGCAGGACGAGGAGGAGGGACCCUUUCUAGGAACAACCCACCCUCACAGAAGCCUCCAAGCCCCCCCAUGGCUGGUCGGGGCACGCUUGGACGUAACACUUCCUACAAAACGCUGGAGCCCGUGAAGCCUCCGGUGGUGCCCAAUGACUACAUGACGAGCCCGGCCAGACUGGGAAACCAGCAUAGCCCUGCACGCACAGCUUCACUCAACCAGAGACCGAGGACACACAGUGGCAGCAGUGGUGGCAGCGGUGGCAGGGAGAACAGUGGAGGCAGCGGCGUGGGAAUCCCUCUAGCAGUCCCCACUCCUUCACCUCCCAGUAUGGGGCAAGUGGCUGCAUCCUCAGCCUCGGUGCCCCAGGGCCCCGGUUUGGGUCCCAUCCCCAUGUCCCAGUUCGGCACCAUCUCCCGCCAAAUUUCCCGUCACAACUCCUCCACCACCUCCUCGUCCUCCAUGGUGUCGGCCACCGGCACCUACCGCCGUGCACCCUCUGUAUCUUCCCAGCAGCCUCACAUCAACGGGGGCCCAGUGUUCCAACAGAACUCAGUGGCUGUGGCGCCUCCGCCUCCUCCCAUGGUCCAGCUGACCCCACAGAUCCCUCUGACUGGCUUUGUGGCCCGAAUGCAGGAGAGCAUAACAGACAGCCCCGCCCCACCUCCUCCGCCUCCCCCAGAGGACAUGGGUGUGUUUGAGGAGCCCGCUCCCCCUCCACCUCCUCCACCUGUGGACUAUGAGGAAGAUGAAGCUGCUGUGGUUCACUACAGUGAUCCCUACGCCGAUGGAGACCCCCACUGGGCCCCAAAGGCUUAUUUAGAGAAAGUUGUGGCCAUCUAUGACUACACAAAGGAUAAGGAGGAUGAGCUGUCCUUCAUGGAGGGGGCCAUCAUCUACAUCAUCAAGAAGAAUGACGACGGCUGGUUCGAAGGCGUCUGCAACGGCGUCACCGGACUCUUCCCGGGAAACUACGUCGAGUCAAUCAUGCACUAUGCUGACUAAAACAUGAAAUUUAAAAAAAUAAAAGAAAGUCCCACACAUUACGGCGCUCGGUUUCAACCACAGGAAAAGAUGUACAUCAGUAUUUAGCUCCCGUUUGGAGCAAAGUGCCAUGUUGAGUUUAUAAAUUAUUUUCUUGUAGGCUUGUGCUUGCAUCAGUUUUGGUCAGAUUAAAACAAAAAUUGCACAAAAGAAGGAGGGAGUAGAAAGUUUGGAAGUCCGAGGUCUGCUAGUUUACACUGGAGCUAAAGGGAGGAGGCCGAGGCCUUCUAGUUUUUUCCAACGGCUGUCAAAUCUUUGGCACUUUUGCCUCACAAGAAAUCUAACUCAGAUGUUUGACAGCACAAACGAAAUACAUACGUAGUGCGAGCUAAAUGCAGUAGAUCCAUUCAGAAGAAUUAGAAAAGGGAGUGUGGUGCUGUUGAGGUGAAACACUACACCUCCUACUCAUUUAUGUCCACUGUAGACCAUCAGACCGACUCUUUCCUCUUCAGAAAUAUCAUCUUACCUUAUCUGGAAGGUUUAAAUCAACAGAGGAGGAAAAGACAACCUGGAGAUGAGUAUUUGCUAUGCUGUGUGUCAGUGGUUAAAAAGGGAGGGAGUGUACAGGAUGCAUCACAAAAAACAACAACAAAAAAGAAAACAGUCUUGUAUCUGGUGGAGUUUCAUUCUGUUCUCUAAUGUAUAUAUAAACUGUAACGUGAGCGGCUGCCAGUACAGUUCAUUCGUCAGUGUGUUUCACCAGUGUUUCCGUCGGCGUCAGUGGAGGUGGUGCCAAGACAGGAUGUUUUUCCUUUUUUUAAAUUUGGAUUACAUUUACUUGAAUGUUAAUUUAAUCAUCGGUCACAGUGCCAUUUUUAACUUGAUCCAGGCAAAGUGAUUGUGUAUAAGCAUUUAUUUUUUUAUAUCUUUAAGUCACAACUGUAUCAUUUGAUCAUGGUCAGUGUACGUAGUGAUGCUGUCCAGCUACUGUAGCAGAGCUGUGAGACGUGGACGGACUACUGCAGCGUGUCUUCAUGUUUGUUUUCCACUGUGUGUAGCUGCACUGAUUAGUUAACAACUGUGAUUUGAUCGCAACGUCAAGAGUUGCAUCCUCAGAAGUAUUGACCAACAUUCACGACUUGUCUGUUCUGUAAGUGGUUGCUGGUGUGGUGCUUUACAUUGGUGCUCAACAACCAGAAUCACCAACCCAAACAACCUCAAACAACCUUAUUUUGAACCAGAAGGUGAACAUUGAUCAUUGUGAUUGUAAAACACUUCAGCCGAAUCUGUAUUGUAGUGAAUGUAAGGCGACUCGGCGGUAAUGUGCCACAGCUAGAACAGGUCGGUGACACCUUUAAGAGGGUGAAGUUCAAUCCUGAGGUCUUAAUAAGGGCAGUUUACAAGAUAAAUUUCAUGCCCUUAUAAAAAUAAUUGUUGGAGAAAGUAAAAGUGAAGCUGAUCCCUGUAUCAGAGUACAUGUAUGUAAUGCAUCACAUAAACAUUAUCAUGUAUACAUCUUAGAUAAUUGGCAUUUAAUUUAAGAAGGAGGCACAGAAGUAACAUAUUUAGCUCUCUAACCAGAAGAGACGUCUUCAUGUUGACAGUAUUCAUUCAGCCUCUGCAUGAACGUAUAUAAUGUAUAAAAUAUUAGAGAAUAAGUCGCCGCUGCAUCCCAUUCUUGAUUGUAUUUUUUCCAUCAUGUCAAUGUUUUUCCCGAAAAACCAACUUUUUCUACCUAACGUAUUUCUAGCUUUGCAUUCAACUUCUUUUUAUGUCCGAGACUGCUGAGGAAGAGUCGCUAGCAGUUUGUAUGUAAGGGAUUUAUUUAUACUCCUUUCAUAGAGAAAUCAUGAGACGACCACUGACGUGCAGAAAUUUGUAAUGUUUACCACUUAACAUGUAGCAUUUCCAUGGCAUCACAGGACGAGGCGCCUUUCUUUAAUGUGUUUUCUUAUGAUCAAAUGUGAAAUAAAGGGAAAAAAGAACAAAAACAUCUGUAAUCUAAAUGUUCAUGGGAACAGAAUCUGAUGUUUGUCCUCCUCAGUUUGUAAAUAGGAUGUGCUCAUUGAAAUUUAUGUACAGUCUUUUUGUAAUAAACAGCUCAUUGAAACAGUU